AUGCCUCAACAACAAAUGAAUCAAGCCUCUUCAUCACAACAGCCUAGGCCACAAGCUCCACCAGACAGGCCUAAUGAAAUACAAGCUGCGCUAUUGACUUUUACCAACACCCAGACUCAGUUUAUGACUGAGACCAGAUCUUCUAUCAGAAAUCUUGAAACACAAGUGGGGCAAUUGGCCAAUAUGCUGAAUAAUAGACCUCAGGGAAAUUUUCCUAGCAACACUGAAAUUAAUCCCAAGGAGCAAUGUCAGGAAAUUACUCUGAGGAAUGGUAAACAAAUUGAGCAGUCUAGUGUACAACAACCAGUGGUUCAAAAUGAAGAUUUGGGUGAAAUGUCUGAUACAGUUGAGCAAUGGGUUAAUGAAGAUCACCAAAGCAUAGAGACGAUUCCUCUAGUUGUUGUUGACCAGUCAAAUCGAUGCAAUAUUGCAAAGAAAGCUGCCCAAAAGUUGAGAGAUCCGGGGAGCUUUACUAUACCUUACACAAUUGGAAAAUUUGAGUGUAAGCAUGCAUUGUGUGAUUUGGGGGCGAGUAUUAAUCUGAUGCCCUUAUCUGUGUUCAAAAAACUUGGUUUGGGUGAAGCAAGACCAACAACAGUUACUCUACAGUUGGCAGAUCAAUCGGUGGAGCACCCACAGGGUAUCAUUGAAGAUGUUCUUGUGAAACUGGAUAAGUUUAUUUUCCCUGCUGAUUUUAUUGUUCUUAAUAUGGAGGUAGAAGCAGAUCUGCCUAUCAUUCUUGGAAGACCAUUCCUAGCCACGGGCCAAGCGCUUAUUAAUGUUCAAAAAGGUGAGUUGAAGCUCCGAGUCCAGGGAGAGGAAGUGGUUUUUAAUGUGUUCAAGGCUAUGUCGUAUCCAAGAGAAAGUGAUAGUUGUUUUUCUUUGAGUGUGGUUGAUCAAGUUGUUUCUGAGAAGUCUUUAGUGUCUGAAGCUUUAGAGUUAGCUUUAACUCAGUUUGGUGAUGAUGAGUUUAAUGACGCCGAAGUCAUGAAGUAUGUGAAUUGGGUGAAUUCUCAAGGGCCAUUUUAUAGAAAGAAAUAUGAGAAGUUGGGACAAGGAUUUGAGAGAUCACCUCCAUUAGUUGAAAAACCACCAGUUCUUGAGUUGAAGACUUUACCAGAACAUUUGCAAGUAUGUAUACAUGGGUGA